AUGUCCGAAGUCGUGCUCCCCGCUCCAGCUGCUUCCACUCCCCCUGAGAAGCCUUCAGCUGGUAAGAAGGCGAGGAAGCCUGCGAAGGCUGCAGCAGCCGCCAAGAAGAAACCCGCGGGCCCUUCAGUUUCGGAGCUGAUUGUACAAGCCGUUUCCUCCUCUAAGGAGCGCAGCGGUGUGUCCCUGGCCGCACUGAAGAAGGCGCUGGCGGCCGCUGGCUACGAUGUGGAAAAGAACAACAGCCGCAUCAAGUUGGGUCUUAAGAGCCUAGUGGGCAAAGGCACCUUGGUGCAGACCAAGGGCACCGGCGCCUCGGGUUCUUUCAAGCUCAACAAGAAAGUAGCCUCCGUGGAUGCUAAGCCCAGCGCCACAAAGGUGGCAACGAAAACCAAGGUAACAAGCGCUUCUAAGAAGCCCAAGAAGGCCGCUGGGGCGGCUGCUACUAAGAAAGGUGUCAAGACUCCAAAAAAGGCUAAAAAGCCUGUGGCGACAAAGAAGUCCUCCAAGAGUCCUAAGAAGCCCAAGGCUGUGAAGCCUAAGAAAGUAGCCAAGAGCCCUGCCAAAGCCAAGGCUGUGAAACCCAAAGGGGCCAAAGUAAAGAUAACCAAGCCAAAGACCGCUGCCAAACCCAAGAAGGCAGCACCCAAGAAGAAGUAA